AUGGCCGAAGAGUCUCAGAUGAGUUCCAUCCAGCAACGGAUCGCCGCUCUGAACCAGUCGCAACUGGCCCGCCCACCCGGAGGCCCUGAGCCACCAAUCCUCCGGCCGAACCCCCAGCGGAGCGCGUCCGCCAACAACCCUCCAUCAUACGAAGCAGUCGGCUCUGUGGUGGAUAGAACAUCCAUCGGAAAUGAACCCGCAGAUGAGAGAACCCAGAGGCCGGUCCUGCGACCGCCUCCAAUGGAAACUCUUCGGCCUGAAGUGAAGUCGAAGCCGAAGGCCCCUCCGCCAUUGCCUACGCGAAGAUCAGACCGCGUGGUUCCUCCUCCACCGCCAGCUCGUCCUGCACUACCGCCGCGUAGACCGACGGAUCAAAAGCGCAGGCCCUCAUUUGACUCGGUCACGUCCGAUGCAUCGUAUUCGACAACGUCAACAGCGACAACGGCGGGUAGAGGCGCAUCGACGACCUCGGUGAAUUCUGUUGGAAACAAUCGUAUCAAAGCCCCCGCAUGGGGUGAGACUGAACUACCUUCGUUGCCUCCCCGGCGACCGAAGGAGCAAGCUAGCUUGGAACCGCCCCCGCGGCCCACAAUCAGUAGUAAAAGGAGUUUUGGCAGCCUGUCUUCUAGAUUGACCUCUAAGAUUUCGCUACCGGGGUCUAAGCCGCCCGUCCCAACUCCUCCAAGUCAAACUGAACGAUCUAGACAACCUCCUCGUCCUAGUCAGCCUUCACGCCCCAGCCAGCCUCCGCCCCCGGGGAUCAACAAUGAACCCCCGGUGCCUCGACCGCCACCACGCCGGCCAUCCGCGGUUCAUUCCGAUACGAAUGGAACCGCUGCUGACUCAAGUGUCAAUCUACCAAUUCGGAAGACACUGCCUCCUCCACCGUCAGCUGUGCAAGUGAAGGAUGCCAGGCAGCUUGGGUUUGGCAAUAAGAGUCCAAAGAUUCCAUCCAGGCCGGACGCUACUGCCCCGAAUGGAACACCACCGCCGAUUCCUCAUAGCUCUCGUCCGGAUCUAUCAAAGAUAAUGGCCACGAAGCCACGCUUCAAUGGAUCGACUGUAUCUCCAAGCCCUCCAGCUCCCACAUCAGACAUGGAAUGUUUGGUAUGUCGGGACUUCUCAGGCCCUGAUAACCAUGCAGCCCGGUAUCCUCGUGCAUCACUCCCCACUCAGGAUAUGACGUGGUUGGCGAAUGAGUUGACGGCACCAUUCCCGUCCAUGACAGACAAGGCCCGUGCCAUCUUUACUUGGUUGCAUCACAAUAUCUUCUACGAUGCGGAUGCUUUCUUUAACAAUUGUGUGAAGCCAUCUACGCCAGCCAGCACUCUAGCAACUGGACUAGCAGUUUGCGAGGGCUACGCAGGAUUAUUUGCCGCAUUGGCCACCCAUGCCGGUCUAGAGGCAGUAGUAGUGGGCGGCCACGGCAAGGGCUUCGGACACCAGGCUCUUGCUCCGGGAGCCUCGGCCCCUCCAUAUAAAGGCAAUCACGCCUGGAAUGCUGUCAAAAUUGACGGUGGCCGAUGGAAAUUAAUCGACGCCUGUUGGGGUGCCGGCGCAAUUUCAGGUCCCGGGCAGCCCUACAAGCCGCGCUUCGAGCCAGCCAUGUUCUCAAUUCCAAACGAAGAAUUCGGCCUAAAACACUUCCCCGAAAACAAGCGUCAGUUCUUCCGCGAGGACGGACGUCCAGAUCUCACCUGGGAGCAAUAUAUUCUCACCGACCCAGAAAGGCCAAACGGCGUCGAAAGCCUGAAAGUCUACAGUGACGCCGAUAAGCGCACCAUUGGCCGCAAGACCUUCCACCCGCAAGGCCUGAACAUCUCAAUCAGCACACCAGGUGUAAUGCGCUUCCAAUUCGGGCUCCUCUGCCCGCACUGGACCCUUGCUCGCCACAGUCAUAUCCAACACGCGGGCUUGUUCCUUCUUAUGAUACAUGGCGUGGACGGACGCGAGGAUGAUAGACUUCCCUUCACACACGUACCAGGCUCUGGCCCCGCAGGCGGUGGUGAGUUCUGGUAUGUGGAUGUUCCCAAUGCACGCAUGCUGGGUGCUCCUGGUCAGAAGCUGCAGUUAGCCGUGUUGACUAGUUUUGGGGAUCGGAAGGAUGCCAGUGGUGUUACGGCGCAGGAAUUCCAGGAGAAUGUGGGACGCAUUGGUAUGGCUUGGGCUUAUAUUGCCGAAUGGGAGCUGGUCAGGUAG